AAGUGAGUAUGGAGUGUGGUGAUGAAAUGCAAAGGGAGAACAUCUUCCAUACUAGGUGCUUGGUGAAUGACAAGUUGUGUAGUGUGAUUGUAGAUGGUGGGAGCUGUUGUAAUGUGGCUAGUUCACUCUUGGUGGACAAGUUGGGUUUGCCUACUACUACACAUCCAAAACCAUAUGGCUUGCAAUGGUUGAAUGAUUGUGGGAAGUUGAGGGUUACAAAACAGGUGGUUGUGCCAUUCACCAUUGGCAAGUAUAAUGAUGAGGUACUUUGUGAUGUUGUGCCUAUGGUUGCUACGCAUCUUUUGUUGGGCCGUCCAUGGCAGUAUGAUAGAAGUGUUGUGCAUGAUGGUAGGAAGAACAGGUACACGGUCACUAAGGAAGGUCGAACAUACUCAUUGCUUCCUAUGACACCAGGUCAAGUGCAUGAAGAUCAAAUGAGGAUUCUUAGAUCCAUUGAAGAAAAGAAAGAAACUUGGAGAGAAAAACUUAGAGAGGCCGAGCUGGAUGAGAGUGAAAAGAAAGAGAAGAGAGAAGAAAAAGAGAGAAAAAGAGAAACAAAAGAAAAGAAAAUGAGAACAAAUGAGAAAAAGGAAAGCUCGAGGCAAAAGGAGAGUGGAGAGAAAAGAAUGAGUUUGUAUGUGAAGGAAAGAGAAGUUAGAGAGGCUUUACAUUCAGGAAGACCUCUUUGUGUACUUAUGUACAAGGAGGUUAAUUUAUGUGUUACUGACCUUGAUUCACAUUUGCCUAGUGAUGCUUUGUCUCUUAUACAGGAAUAUGAAGAUGUCUUCCCGAAUGAGUUGCCACCAGGAUUGCCACCUAUCAGAGGGAUUGAGCACCAGAUCGACUUGGUACCUGGAGCACAAAUACCGAAUAGACCAGCAUAUAGAACAAAUCCUAAAGAAACAAAGGAGUUACAAAGGCAAGUGGAGGAGCUUAUGGAGAAGGGCUAUGUUAGGGAGAGCAUGAGCCCAUGUGCUGUACCUGUGUUGCUAGUGCCUAAGAAGGAUGGGAGUUAUCGCAUGUGUGUGGAUUGCAGAGCCAUCAAUAAAAUCACUGUAAAGUAUAGGAAAGAGCGAUUUCCAAACCUAAGAAAGUCGAAAUUACAGCCAAGGUGUGAUGGUCCAUUCAAAGUGCUAGAAAGGAUCAACAACAAUGCAUACAAGAUUGAUUUACCUGGUGAGUAUGGUGUUAGCAAUUCUUUUAACAUUCGAUCUUUCCCCUUGCAUUGA